GAGGACGCGCUGAUUGGCUGCUGGAUCUGUCAAUCACAGUGUCCUUCCCGCCCACUUCCGCUCUGUUAGACACAGUUUACUCUUAGAUUGAGUUUACUCUUCGAUUGAGCAAUAAUUUGACCUUUAUUCACAGGUGUUUCUGGCCGGAUGUGAUGCUCGGAGCUGCAGAAACAGGUGACUGAUUUACUGUCAGGAUGAACAGCGAGGAGGAGUUUUACGAUGCUGAGACAGGGCUGGAGUCCGAUGAUUCCUGUGAGGUCAGUUUUAAAGACGCCCUGGUGUUCGAAAACAAGCAGGUGACGGACGGCAAACAGGAGAAUGGAGUUUGGGAGCGCAGGAAAACCCUGCCUGCUGAGAUGAUCUCCAGAAACAACUUCAGUGUGUGGAGCAUACUGAAGAAAUGCAUCGGCAUGGAGCUUUCUAAAAUCGCGAUGCCGGUGGUGUUUAACGAGCCGCUGAGUUUCCUGCAGAGAAUCUCAGAAUACAUGGAGCACACGCAGCUCAUCCACCAGGCCUGCAGCCUGUCGGACUCCACGGACCGCAUGCAGGUUGUUGCUGCGUUUGCUGUGUCGGCAGUAGCAUCUCAAUGGGAACGGACUGGAAAACCAUUUAAUCCUUUACUGGGGGAAACGUACGAACUCAUGAGGGAGGAGGAGGGCUACAGGUUGAUCUCGGAGCAGGUGAGCCACCACCCCCCCGUCAGUGCUUUCCACGCUCAGUCUCUGAAGCACGAGUUCGAGUUUCACGGAUCCAUCGACCCCAAACUCAAGUUCUGGGGAAAAAGUGUGGAGGCCGAGCCCAAAGGCACCAUGACCCUGGAGCUGCUCAAACAUAAAGAAGCGUACACGUGGACGAACCCGAUGUGCUGCGUGCACAACAUCAUCCUGGGAAAACUCUGGAUCGAGCAGUACGGAACCGUGGAGAUAAUCAACCACAGCACGGGAGAUAAGUGUGUGUUGAACUUCAAACCGGUGGGCAUGUUUGGGAAAGAGCUGCACAGAGUGGUGGGUCACAUCCAGGACAAAAGUAAGAAGAAGAGGCGAGUCCUGUACGGGAAGUGGACAGAGUGCAUGUACAGCAUCGACCCCAAAGUGUACGACGCUCACAAAAAGUCUGAAAAGAAAACGGCGGCAGACUCGAAGAAGCUGCAAAAGGGACGUAGUUGUGAAGCUGAGGAGGCGGACGAGAUGCCGGACGUCCAAGAAACUGUGACUGUGAUACCAGGAAGUGCCUUACUGUGGAGGAUAUCACCGAGACCUGCUGACUCUGCACAGAUGUAUAACUUCACGAGCUUCGCCAUGACUCUGAACGAGAUGGAGCCGGAGACGCUGCUGCCGCCGACCGACUGCCGGCUGAGACCGGAUAUCAGAGCCAUGGAGAACGGAGACAUGGAAUUAUCGAAUUCAGAGAAGGAGCGGCUCGAGGAGAAACAAAGGGCGUCGCGCAGAGAUCGCUCCGUGGAGGAGGAGGAGUGGCGCACCAGGUGGUUCCAGUUGGGAACGAACCCUCACACGGGAGCGGAGGAUUGGCUCUACUCAGGUGGAUACUUUGACCGAAACUACUCAGACUCUCCCAACAUUUAUUGACACACAUCUCCUCCUCCGCAGAUUUAAUGUGUGUGUGUGUGUGUGCGUGCGUGUGUGUGUGUGCGUGUGUGUGUGUGUGUGUGUGUGUGAGUGACGUCCAGACGCUCACGGUUCUGUGUGUCCUGAUUUCAAAUCGACCGACUGUGAACCACGGGAGAAACGUUAUAUUUAGUUUACUUACUGUACAUGACAUCUUUGAUAAUGAUAAUAGUCCACACGUGUGUCACUCACAAACGAGGGGUUUUUAAACUGUCACCUGUGUGUGUGUGUGUGUGUGUGUGUGUGUGUGUGUGAACGUGAACGCGUGUGUGUGACGUCCAGACGCUCAUGGUUCUGUGUGUCUUGAUUUCAAAUCGUCCGACUGUGAACCACGGGAGACACGUUAAAUUUAGUUCCUCACAAACGAGGGUUUUUUAAACCGUCACCUGUGUGUGUGAACGUGUGGACGUGUGUGUUGACGUGUGUGUGUGUGUGUAUGUGUGUGUUGACGUGUGUGUGUGUGUGUGUGUGUGUACGCGUGUGUGUGUGGUGACCAUGCUGCUGCAGAACACAAAGCUCUUGACUCUAAAUCCUUUUUAGUUCGUCGUCUUUCCACACUUUCAGGGGUCAUUUAAACACUUCUUGUUUAGAUAUAUAAACAACAACAAUUUGAAUAUUAGAUGUGUAUUUUCACCCUUUCUCUGAAUGGAGACGUACCGGAUGAAAGCUGCUUAUAAUAAUAAUUAUAAUAAUAAUCAUGUUUACCGACACAGUAAACACAGUAUUCUCCACUGUUACAUAGAUACUGUGUAAUAAUAGUAAUAUUUGGUGCUUGUAUGAAGAGGAUUAUUUAAAGCCAUAUUUUCUGCACUAAAUAUAAAACUGUAAACACAGGAGCAUUUUGUGUUUUUCUAACACUGAGAAAUGUUGAUGCGAUACUCUGAGCCAUGCAGUCUAAAUAAUAAUGAAUAUAUUAACAAUAUUAAAGCCUUUUAUAACUCCUAUUAUUAUUCUUUGUCUAUCUCGAAAACACACUAGCUGUAAACAGGAAGUAUAAUACUCCCAGGGAGAAUUCCCCUCGUGUUUGCAUUGUACCCGUAACAUCUGCAGAAAUCUUUCACUGAGUGACUUUUAUACUCAAGAGAAGUGGACAACAUGAUCAGGCAAGUCUGUCGUUUAUAAGGAGUGUCUUUUACUUUAAGCGUCAUUUAUUAAACAAAAAUAUAUAUAUUAGAUUUAGGCUUUUUUGAGGGAUCCAGAGGCCAAUGCUGGAUAACCUCUUAUUUAACCCAUUUGUGCCCAAAUACUUCAUUAAGUAUGAUCAUUAAAAACGGGGUUUGAAAGUCUUUAAAUCUGGUACGGAAAUACUCGAGGCAAAUAUUUCAUUGUACAUUUUUUUUACAUUACAGGUAAAAAAAAAAGGAAAACGCUUUUUUUAAGGUGUUGCAUUUAAAACAAAAUAUUCUGCAUGUGUGAGAAAUACAGAAGAGGUUUCGAGCAACAUGUGAAUAUGUUAGAUCUGACUGAAAGUGUUUUUGUUUAGUUCUGAAAUUAAAGUGAGAAUUCUGAGAUUUUCCGGAAAAAAAAGAGAAUUUCUUUUAAUCGUUUUUAGAAAAUGAUGCAGAUUUCUUUCCUCUUUAAGGAACGUUUUGGGUUCACACGGGUUAAAGAGAAGUCUGUGUUUGCUCUGGAUCAAUAGGGUGAUUGUUUUACACAUAGUGAGCAACUCAUUUCUCAUCCAUCCAAAAAUCAUCAACAUCCAGGACUCUGAACUAUGCAAAUGAUCCGUCCAUUCAAAAAAAGGAGAGGAAAAUAGUCAAAAUAAUUCUGGUGAUCCAUUUUGUACUUUGGGGACGAUUGCCUCCCAAUAUCUCAGUGACUGCUAAACUGGGUGAUCUAACUGGUGGCGUGUAAUCUCCAUGGACGACUAUAUUCUUUGCUUUCUAUUUAUUUCCAUCAAAACCCAGUGUGUGCACGGCGACGCGGUCAAAAAACAGGGAGAUCAAUGAUAUGCUGUUGCUCCAUUACGCCCCCUAGUGUUCAAAACUGGUAACAUAUAACCGUUGUGAUGGGUGCAGCUGUACUCAAGUAUGUUACUGUUAUUGACUCAAAAACAGGUCAAAUAUAUAUGUUUUCUUCCAGUGUAAUGUUAAUUCAAAUGUUUUUUAAUCUUUGAAAACAAUAUUUUUCUGGGUUCAUUCUAUUAGAUUUAGGAGGUGAGGAGAAUUUUUCUAAGUUCCUUAAAGCAUUUUUAACUGUGAAAUCAGAAACAGAUUAUUUUCUUAUUAGUUUAAAAUUAAAAACAAAAAAUCGAAUUUGAGAAAAAAAACGUUUCGAGAAUUUUUUUCUCUUAUUUGUAAAAAAAAGGUAAACAAAAAUAUUAUUUUCUGAGUUCAUAAUAAAACAGAAAAAACAUCUAUGAAUACCAUUUAUUUUUAAAUAAAAAGCUAUGGCUUGUGGUUAUUUUUGUUCAUUUUUAUUUUAUGUCAUGUAUAUAAUAAAAAACGGUUUUGUGAGUUUUUGGUAAAGACAACAGUCAUUUUCUUCCUUUUUUAAAUCUGAAAACAGGUUUUAAAACCGCUUAUUUAUUUUGGGGUUAUUGUAAUUCUCACUUGGCCAAUUUAAGAAGAAGUCCAUCACUACGCCAUGUUCAAAGUGAGACUAGAAGACGCGGUACACUCGAUUAGAUUUAUAGCUGAAAGAAAGCUUGCAUCUUGGGUUUAGAGUGCAUGGAGAGAACAUGAAUAUUGUUUGAUAUUUAAAACAUGGAGCCUUUUGUGACGAAUAUAUAAUUAUAAUGUAAUUCCUAAACACAGGAGAGCAAACUCUUUGGAUCAGAUUUCUGAAAUGGAUCACCAGAUGUGGUUUUAUCUUCCUCUCCUGAAAUGUGUAGUCUGUAUCCUGUUUGUGCUGCAGACUCACCUGAAGAGAAGACGCUCGUUAGACGGCGUAAGGUGUGUUUUAGCCACGUUGCAUUACUCCACAUCUUGAUUGAUUGACGCCUGUCGAUCGAUAUAAACCCUCCGUUGUGUUUGUACUCAAAGCACCUCCUGCUCUGACUUCACCCUCUCUCCCCUUGUGUUUAGCAUCUCAAAUGUUUACAUGUUCUUGUUGUUGUUGUUUAUUUGUUCUCUCCUCAUUCUGUUAUCAACGUACAAACAUAUGUGCCAUAUUUGAGAAAUAAAUGAUGGACUAUUGAAAGAA